UGUGGAGUUUAAUCCCACCACAAACUUCAUUAAGAACGGCAAAAACAGGAGCUCUAAGGUUACCGGUUUCCCACCUCUUGCACCAUGGGUCGUUUAUUUGGAUUGGGGUGGUUUAUUCUCCUGAUAGCAGCUGUGUACAUAGAGGCUCAAAAGAAACCUUCAAUAAAUAUCAGCUCAAAAUGUUUGGGGAACGUCAUGCGUGUGGAUGUUGGUCCGCUUGGAGGAAAUUUUCUUGAAGUUGCUGUUGUCGUAAAUGACUCUGCCAUCCUUCUCACCCCAAGUUUAGCAUCUCAGUGUGGCUUCAGCAUAAAGAUCAACCAGAUGGGGAAUGCCAUGAUUUAUGCUUCCCUUCAAAACUGCUUUGCUCAAAAUGUGGGAGAUAAAGCCUUCACAACCACAUUAACUCUUCGACUGCACGGGAACCGGAUGGCCGAGGACGAGCUGUACCAGGUGGCUGAGACAUGCCAAUACGCCGCCUGGGCCUCCAGGGAAAUUGUCUGUGACCGAAACUACAUGGAGGUGUCUGUGAAAAGGGCAGCUCCAGAUGAUUAUGCUCUGCCUGAAAAUCCCGUCCAAGGGACUAAUCCAAAGUUUGGUGAUCCACGACGAGCUGCAGAGAAACAGACCAUAGAUGCCGGAUUCAGAAUCACAACAAUCAUGUUCUACAUUCCUGUGGAGAAGGUUAUGGGGGUGACUGAGGCCCAGAGGAGUGGUUAUGGGAUAGCAAACACUCCUUCAAGGCUGGUCCUGCGAAGCCCAAAGACCACACCUGAAACGUACACCCAGAAUGUAGCAGGGGUGCAUAUGACAGUGCUGAAAACCUCCACAGUCUUUGAGAAGAAGUGGCUGGCGACUCAGAUCGAUGCAGCAGCUGCCUGUCCGAUACUAGAGGGCAGCGUCUCCUUCACUCCAAACACAAUCACCUGGUACCUGCCCCGGCACAUUGACCCGCUGAUCUCCUCUGGGCAGUUACAACUGUUGGAGGUGCACAUAGGUGUAGAUGGCCAGAGACUGGACCCUGCUGAGAUGGCUGCCAGACAGUACUCCUUAUCCAUCAAUGACGUGCACAUCAUCAUCCAGAUUCCUGUUGGAGCUGUUGGUGGCUACUUUAAGAGUCAUGUUCAGGAUGAUCACUACCACACCUCUUACACGAUUGAGCCGAUGCUCGAGUUGCUUUGGACUGAAGACAGCAUUCAUGAGGACACCAGAUACAAAGUCCUCUUUCCCAUCACCACACCGUUACUGUCCCGACCUCCGCAAGUUAUUGACAACACUGUUCCAGAGCAGCGGAUGUUUAAGGUUCUGCUUGGGCCUUUUGGCUCCGAUGUUGCACUGAUGAACAUUUCCUUCCCCUAUGAGGUUUUGUCCGUGGCAGACUGCAUUGCCAGAGGCUUUACAGUCCUGGAGCACAUGUCCCCCAACAGCAGCUCAAAGGUCUUCAUGCUUGAAGUGCCCUUCACGGACCCUGUUGUAUCACAAACUAGAGACAUGGGGUAUACAGUGUACUCUCUUCAUCUGACCUUUGGCCUACUGGUCCUGCCAGAGUUUGCUCCAUUUUCCCACCCUGUUUAUCUGGAGGCUAAAUUAGUAGAUAUAGUUCCUCCCUCUGUCUCUGGUGGAUGUGAUUAUCAAAACUUCUAUGUCCUUGUGCAAUACGGGACCCAGGGUGCCAACUUUCAGACCAUAGUGGGAAAACAACUGUUGACCUCAGAUCUGGCCGAGCAGUACAGUUUCAUGGAGAACGGCACACACUUGAGUUUUGCAGUGCCGUUUUCAUCCCCUGAUGUUGUGUUUGAGGCUAUUGAGUCGUCGUCCGUCAAGACCAGACUUGACGUGGCUCUGCUGAAUCCUGAAACCAACAAGAACAUCAAAGAAUUCUCUUUAGCUUGCAAUUUCCCCUCAACACUGAUUGAGUGUUUUCCCAAUGGGACCAUGACUGCUCUGGCUGUGAAACUGGAGUCAGUUCCCUCUCUGAACCCUGGUCAGCUGACCCUCCGAGACCCCACCUGUGGUCCGUCCUACAGCGACGACCGCUACGCUUACUUUGUCUUCACUGGGAACUCCUGUGGCACGACCAGAAAGUUUUUCCCAAACAUGAUGCUGUAUGCAAAUGAAAUCUCCCUGCCAGAUGAACUUGAAAAGAUAAGGGAAUCAAAUACAGAAGACCCCGAGUAUGAGUUAAAGAUUGCUUGUUACUACGACAUCAACACAACCCACGCUGUAGCCUUCCACACCAGACCUCGCAGGAGUGAACCGUAUGCUGAAAAUGCAAAAGGCGAGCUGCAGGUGGCGAUGAGACUGGCUGUGGACGACUCCUACAGUGUGUUUCAUAGAGCUGAGGACUAUCCUCUGGCAAAGUAUCUACAACAGCCGCUGUAUUUUGAGAUGGAGCUGAUGAGGUCUACAAAUCCCAGAGUAUCACUGGAGCUGGAGAACUGCUGGGCGACGCUGAAUUCCAACAGGACGUCCAAGCCCAGAUGGAACCUCAUCAUAGAUGGCUGUGCAAACCCAGUGGACCCGUACCAGGUGCUCUUCCAUCCUGUUUGGGUCGAUGCCAGAGUUCAGUAUCCUUCUCACUUCAAACGCUUUGAGGUCCAGAUGUUUGCCUUUGCUGAAGAUCAAGACAACUUGAAUCGCCAGCUCUUUGUGCACUGCGAUGUGGUGAUCUGUGAUGCCAGGAAUCCAUUGGUGGAGUUUGUAGUGGGCCAGUGUUCAAACCAGGGAAACGGGAUGAAAGGUCAAAGACGUGCUGUUGCAGAUGUACACAGCUUCGAACAUGUGUCUGUAGGACCCAUAAUUAUAGGUUAAGAAAUCCUAAUAAACAAUUUUUAAGAGUUCA